CGCCUUGGGAGAGGGCAGAGCUCGGCGCAGUCGGGGCCUAAUUCACCUUUCCUUUCCUGAUACCGAUGGGCUUAACGCAGAGUGCUAGUGUACCGGAUGGCGGAACUGAUGGCUAUCAUGUUCAUGGGGUUGAAGAGAACUCCCCAGCACAGAAAGCUGGUUUGGAACCGUUUUUUGAUUUCAUCAUAUCCCUUGGUAACACUCGCUUAAACCAGGAUAAUGACAUGCUCAAGGAUCUCCUCAAGGCUAAUGUGGAGAAGGCGGUGAGGAUGGAGGUGUUCAGCACCAAGAACAUGAGGCUCCGUGAGUUAGAGGUCGUCCCUAGCAACAUGUGGGGGGGGCAGGGACUUCUGGGAGCCAGCGUCCGGUUCUGUAGCUUCCAGGGAGCCAAUGAGAACGUCUGGCAUGUACUUAAUGUGGAGACCAGUUCACCAGCUGAGUUGGCUGGACUUCAGGCAUAUUCAGACUUUAUCGUAGGAGCAGACCAGGUCUUGCAAGAUUCGGAGGACUUCUUUACACUGAUCGAAGCACAUGAAGGCAAAUCACUGAAGCUUCUUGUAUACAGCAUGGAGACAGAUGGAUGCAGGGAGGUGAUAGUGACACCUAACGGGGCCUGGGGCGGCGAGGGCAGUCUUGGCUGUGGAAUUGGAUAUGGCUAUUUGCAUCGAAUCCCUGCUCACCCUCACAGUCCAAAAUCAAUGAACAUUAGUCACACUUCUAGCACAGAAGAAUGCAAUAGCGAAGAACCUCCAGCACACAGAUACACGGAAGUUUCCUUAAUGACAGCGUCAGGUCAGUCAGUGAGUGGGGACACACCACUGCCACCACCUAUCCAAAGGGUCAUGGAUCCAGGUAUUUCAAGUGAGUUAGAGGUGAUGAGUUCUGAGUUAUCUGAGAGGCUGGAUCUCUCAGUCUCAUCCACAGAUAUGACAAACACAUCAGUGGCCAGGACAGGAGGAGUGGACCAGAUGCCAGAUCUUGGCCAGAAGUUGGAUGUUGAGGAACUAGAAGGCAAUGGUGAACCCCUAUCAGUAUCAGCUCAGCAAACCAGUAGGUCAGAGGAGCAGCAUAGAGACACACCUGCCACAGACUUCACUGCCUCUGUGUUUCUGGAGCGGUCAGGACCAGCGAAAGAUGUCUCUGCUUUAGCGAGUCCCUUAACUCACCUAGACCCACAUGCUCUGUCCUCAGGCCUGUCAGCUGAUCACAGCAUGCUGCCUGUUGAUCCUGUGUUUUUGAAAAAUUCCUCAAUCUCAUCUGCUGAGUCCUUCAUCCCAUCUGUGGAAAUCUCCUCUCUGCUAAUAGACCCUGCAACUGUCGAGUCCUCGGCUCCGCCCAGUAACUCUUUGCCCAGUAGCUCCACCCAGUAAGUUCUCACUGUUGGCUUCUGUGGGACUGGCAUCUGGUCCUGAAUUACAGAUAGACAAAGCAAAGAUUGUAUCUGAUCUAGACUUCCAUAACGGGCAGCCAAGAAUAUAGAAAUACAGCAUGGCCGGUAUCUACUACUGCUCUGUAUCAGGUUUGCUAAAUUGCUUACAGGGCACUAAUAUGCAGUGUUGGAGUAAUGCAAUACAAAGUAAUAUUUUAUAAAGUUCUAUGUGUAGGGACAAUAAUACUUGUAAUACUCACUCCUGCCAGUAGGCGAAGUAUGAGCUCACUGUAUUAUAAGAGAGGAAAUAGCACUCAAGACUAUGCAAUCUAUAAACAAACUACACUGUACAGUUGAAGGCAUUCACAUCUGUCCAUUUUAUUAUUUACCCUUUGUGCCCCGUAACAUGACUGUUGGUGUUUGUGCACAGUCCCAUCCCAUAUGGUCCUAACUUUAGCCUCUAUUCCUAACACUAUCUGUUCACCAUAUCUCCUGAUGUAAUUGUGCUGGUUAGUAUGACCAUCACUGGAACAGCAGCUGCUGAAUUAAAAUUCAGUUUCUGGAUACAUAAAUUGCGUCUAUAUGAUGCCAUGCUUUCUCUUCUGAGCGUGCAUCCGCUACCCACUACAAGCUGACUUCUGUGAUGAGAAUUGUUGUGGAUGUGACUGGAGCAGUUUUUGAAUUCGUAGCAUAUAAAGAUUGAUAU